CAUGCUUUUUCUUUUUUAGGAAGCAUCAGCAGUUUGCACAGGCUGACAUGCUUUUUCUUUCACUUAGAUGGCUAAUAUAUAAACUUUGAUGGCAACAUUUCAAGGUUUUGGCCUUCUUUUGGGGCUGCUUUUCUGGAUAAAUAUAUCUGAUGCCACAUUCCGGUUUAGGAAACUGGAAAUUUUGCCUUUCACAGUUGUGGACAUGACAAACAUCCAAAUGCAAAGCCUGGUUAUCUUGGUAAAUGGUGUUCCUGCUGGUGUAUUUGAUCAACAUGAAAAUAACUUCCUUGUUCGACUAAACGUAUCUGAAGAAGCCUGUAACAAAAUGAAGCAGUCAGCUGCACUCUACAUAUGGGAUGCAAAAGGCUCAAUGGAAUGGCAGAAGGUUUUGAUAAGGAUGAUGGAGAAUAAGCAGAAAAUGCAACCUCCAGUGGAACCACCUUCUAUAAAUAUUUAUAGUGAGAAGCCUUAUGUUCCUGGUCAGAAUAAUACUAUCUACUGUUAUGCAACUGGAUUUUAUCCCCCCAAGAUUGAUAUCAUGUUCUUUGAGAAUGGAAACCAUUUUACUGGGAAGGUAUAUGCUUCUGACAUUUCUUUCUCAGAAGACUGGAGGUUUAAAAUUAUGAAGUUCAUUCAUGUUGUUCCACAGCAGACCACCUUGUACUCCUGCAAGGUUAAUCACAUCAGCUUGAAACAGCCCCGGGAGUUAAUACUAGGCUGCCUUCCUUCAAGUGAAAUGGGAGUAUCUUCAAAGAAUUCAUCUGCAGAUAGAGGUAGCAGAAUAUCUUCCAGAAUGUCUCCUGAAGGACUACUGAAUCGCAGCCAUUCUACUAUUUAAUUUUGUUGCCUUUUUAACUGUUGUUUUGCUUUCUUACUAACCUCUAUUUCGUUUUAGAUUUAGUCUUAUUUUAAUUUACUAGUUCCUUGUCCAGCGGUUCUUAAAAUUGCUUUGUUGUAAUGAUUCAGCGCCCCCCCAUGCACUUGAUGGAAAGUUAGAGCUAUUUGGAUUUCCUGUCUGUGAAGUAAAUUGUCUUAUUGCUACUAAAUAAAAUGUUUCACUUAUCUAGUCAAAGUCUGUGACAUACUGAUAAAAACUUAUGUUAUUGUUCAUGAUAACUCCAAAAACUCUGUUAUCGUCUUCAUUUAGUGGCUUACAAGAUAUUUUGUAUUCAACAUAUCUUUCUUUCUUCAAAGAUUUGCUGCUCCUACAUUUGGUAACAUAAGGAAUGAGUCUUUUAUUUCUGCAACAAGUACUUAUUUUGCUCUGUACAUUCUGUAUCAUUUUGCAUUCUUUGUUGACAGUCCUAAUUUACAGCUGCCUGUGUAUUUUGAUAACCUCAGUUUAAGAAAAUAAAUAAACAAAAAAUACAUUUCUAAUA